AUGUCAGUAGCAGCAGCAGCAGCAAAAAAAGCCAUUCCAAGAACCAACAAUGGUGCUGGUGCAUUUGUGCUCCAGUGCAGAAAGAUGGUCUUUAACUACUGUGAACAUUGGGGAAGCAAUAAAGGCAUGGUUGAAUACAUCAAAAAAGACCUUGUAAAGUUUGCCCAAGAAAACCCUCAGGUUGAGAUCGUUGUUCAGCCUAGACCCGGUCGCCAUCCUAUUGUCCGUGGUCUCUACCUUAAUGGCCGUGACAAAGUUAUCUGCACCCGUAACCUUAACACUGCCGAGAUUGCUAAUAAGGUUGCUCUUCUCCGUGACUCUAGUGGUGAAAAGCUCAAGCUUCUUGCAAAGAAGCCUGUUAUUUCAACAACCGAAAGUGUCCGUGGCAUCUGGUCUCCCUUCCACACAAACCCUCACACCAUUUAG